CAUCCUCCACCACCACCGCGACUAUCCACCCCGCUCCCCUAUCCGAUCCAUCAACAACACACGACCAAACGACACACCCUGACCAACCCGCAAAAUGGCUACUGAGCGCGAGAGCAAGACUUUCCUCGCACGACUGUGUGAGCAGGCUGAGCGCUACGAUGAGAUGGUUAGCUACAUGAAGGAAGUCGCAAAGAUUGGCGGUGAACUCACUGUCGACGAGCGCAACCUCCUCUCCGUGGCCUACAAGAACGUGGUCGGCACACGCCGUGCCUCGUGGCGCAUCAUUUCCAGCAUCGAGCAGAAGGAGGAGGCCAAGGGCUCGGACAAGCACGUCGGCAUCAUCCGUGACUACCGUCAGAAGAUCGAGACCGAGUUGGAGAAGGUCUGCCAAGAUGUGCUCGAUGUGCUCGACGAGAGCCUCAUUCCCAAGGCCGAGACUGGCGAGAGCAAGGUCUUCUACCAUAAGAUGAAGGGUGACUACCACCGCUACCUUGCUGAGUUCGCCUCCGGUGAGAAGCGCAAGACGUCUGCCACUGCUGCUCACGACGCCUACAAGAACGCCACCGAUGUCGCCCAGACCGAGCUCACCCCAACCCACCCGAUCCGCCUCGGUCUCGCCCUCAACUUCUCCGUGUUCUACUACGAGAUCCUCAACUCUCCCGACCGCGCAUGCCAUCUCGCCAAGCAGGCUUUCGACGACGCCAUCGCCGAGCUCGACAGCCUCUCGGAAGAGUCCUACCGCGACAGCACCCUCAUCAUGCAGCUUCUCCGCGACAACCUCACCCUCUGGACCUCUUCUGACGGCGCCGAGCCCGAUGCUGCUGCCGGCGAGACCAAGGCCGAGGAGAAGGCUCCCGAGGCCGCUGCCGAGGCGCCCGCUGCGGCUGCCACCGAGGAGUCCAAGCCCGCCGCCUAA